CAUUUUAUUAGCAUACGAAUAAAAAAAAUGAUGUUCGGCGGCCAUAAGAAUCAAUUUGAUUGCGAAAAUCACAUCCGUACAAUUGUACUCAAAAAAUCCGUAAAUCUAUACGUGUUUGGAACAUUAGCUGCCAAUCAAUUUACUAAACAAUCCGGACAUUAUCCUCAUUAGGAAAGAAAAGGCCUUAAUUCUAACUCCAUUUGGUUGUGAUUUUCUUUAUUUCCGCUGCUUUCUUUCCUAGUUCUGUCGGCCGAACGAAAAAGAAAACUCCGCAAAAAAAAAGACCACCCUUAAAAGGUGGUGCAAAUCAUAAUUUUCAAAUUGCAAAUAUCAUCUUAUUCGUAGUCGUAAAUCACCUUUCAUACAUUCAAUUAUCCAAUGUCAAAUCUAAUUAAAUCUACCCGUAUUGUCUUGAAGAACGCUGUUGUCGGAGGACUCACCUUAGAAUUCAAUCAACCUGAUUCCACUUUCGCAAUCGAAUCAGUCGAAUUAGACCCUCGCAAUUUGCAACCAGAUGAAAUUCUCGUCAAAACUUUAUACCUUUCCAACGAUCCAAUGCAACGAGGUUUUAUUGAUAAAGGUGCGAUUCCCAGUAGCCAUUUACCUGCAGUGAAGGAAGGGGAUAUUGUUGUUUCAUUGGCCUUGGUUGAGGUUGUAGCCACUGGUACGACUAAGUACAAGGUUGGUGAUAUCUUACAUGGGAUGUUUGCCUGGGCCGAUUACGCCAUCUCAAAGGAGUCAGUAGUUUACAAUGCCAUUGACCCAUCAUUUGGAGUUCCAUUACCAUUUCACUUAUCGCUCUUGGGUAUGACUUCCGUUACAGCUUAUUUUGGGUUAGUAGGUGCAGGCAAGUUGAAAGUUCCUGCUACUGAUUCUACCGAAAAGGGUCUUACUGUAGCUAUCUCUGCUGCUUCUGGAGCUACUGGAUCUAUAGCAGUACAAUUGUCUAAGCAUGUUUUUGGUGCUUCUAAGGUUAUCGCUGUCACCGGUUCCGACGAAAAGGUCAAGUGGGUUAAGAGUAUUGGCGCUGAUUUUGCAGUUAGUUACAAUGAUCCCGAUUAUCAACAGAAAUUGUCAGAUUAUAUAGGUGAAGACUUUAUUGAUCUUUAUUUUGAUAUUGCUGGAGGAGAAAUCUUAAGUUAUUUCCUCACCAAAGUCAAGAGAUUUGGUCAUGUUGUUGCAUGUGGUGCAAUUGCUGGGCACAAUGAUCCCCAAAAAGGCAAAGUUGGAAACUGGGCAGAUGUAAUCCGUAAUAGUUUGACUAUCACUGGGUUUAAUUUAUCCACUUACGCGGAUAGAUAUCCUGAAGGUAUAGCUGCUUUGGUUGCUGCCAUAAAAUCCAACAAGAUUAGUGUAGAUGGGUUUCAUGUGGAAGAUAUUAGCAAUAAGGAGAAUAAAUUGGAAUUGGUCCCUGGAAUUUGGAAUCAGUUAUUCGGAUCAACCAAACCAAAUGGAAAAUUAAUCACGAAGCUUAGUUGAACAUUUACGCUUAGUCUCUUAGCUUAGUGUAUAAUCUAACCAUGGCUGAUGGAAUCUUUAUAACCGGUCGUAUGAGAAAUUUCGGUCCGGAGUGUGAAUAAAAAGAAAUCAAUUUACUUUAAUUUAUUCAUUUCUACGGUGUAACCAAGCAGUACUGUCAUAUAUAUCUUCUAAAACAGUCUUAUAGUAUUAAUAACACAUUCUAGUUUUUAUUAAUUUGUUUCGAAA